AUGCUUUCCACACGGGUCGAUAGAAUCCAACAAUCCCUAGCCGCCAGAAUUCGACCCACCGUAGCCGGCGAGAGUCCACCACCGACGAGGAGAGCCUUUCCAGUUGGAACGACCACCCACAUCGGGGCAGAGGGGAACCGCGUGCAUGACCAACAAGUGGACCGACGGGCGAGAUGCUGCGCCGCGGACAAGACGGGGAGAAGAGAGGAAGGGGGCGCGCAUGGGCGGCUGGCCGACAAGGAACCAACGCGUCUCUGCCACAUCUACAAACCGCAGGUCAGUUUUCCGGCGGCUCUCCAUUUUUUUUCUCGUCGUUUCUGGGGAAGAAGGGUAGGGGAGCAAACUGGAGACUAA